AUGGAUGUUCAUAAUGGAAAUCAAAACCAGGAUAAUGAAGAUCAGAAUCCCAGGAAGGAUCUGGGUAAUGUCAAUGAUCCCAAGAAUCUGAUUCUAUCUUAUGACGCAAACAUGCAGAAGACGAAAAUCAGUUCAUCGAUGAAGAUACAGAGGUUAAUAUUGAUUUCAGUGAAGAAUAGACAACCACAUGAUUACGUUUCUCAUGGUGGCACCUUGUAUUGGACCCCGAUUGUUUCAGACGAUAUCAAACCAAAAGUUAAAUCAAAAUUUGAUUCAUAUGUUGAAGUGGUAACAAUGUAUAGAAACUAUGCAUUAGAAUCUGGUUUUGAAGUCAGACUUGGAAGAGAAAAAAAAACGAAAUACAACAUUAUUACAAAUAGACACCUGGGCGGUCCUUCAGUUCAAGGUGGAUUGGUUUCUGAUUUCAAGAAUGCUAGGAGAAAUCUUAAUUGUUACAUAGAUGGGAGGGACGUGAAAUUCCUUGUUGACAAGAUGAAUGACAGGAAGAAAAAUGUCCCAACAUUUACUUUUGAGUAUAAAGUGUUGAGCAAAAGAUUGAAUGCUCUAUUCUGGGCUGACGAAACAACAAAGUAUAACUACAAUUCUUCGGAGAAAUUGUAUGAUAUGGUUUUUGUUCCGUUCACUGACAUUGAUAACCAUAAAAAAUGUGUAACAUUUGGUGCUGGACUUUUAAGUCAAGAUGAUGGAGUUUCUUAUGAAUGGUUGCUUAAAGCUUUCUUGAAAGCUUUUAGAAAACAACCUAAAUUGGUUAUAUCUAAACAAGAUCCAGCUUUGAAAAAAGCUAUAGAUAACGUUUUUCCAUUGGCACAUCAUAGGUUAUGUAUCUGGCAUAUAACAAAGAAGUUGCCAAAUAAGAUUUUAUUAAUCGAAGAUGCAGCCACCAAUCAAAAUUUUCAAAAGCGUUUUCACUCUAUAAUUUGGAAUUCUAAGCUGGAACCACAUGACUUCGAGAAUGUAUGGCAUAUGAUGUUGGAGGAGUUUAAAAUUACAGAUAACAAUUGGAUGAAAACCAUGUAUGAUCGAAGAUUUUGGAUCCCUGCAUUUUUCAAGCACAUUCCAAUGUCUGGUCUUAUGCGAGCUACAUCACUGUCUGAAAGUCAGAAUUGGUCAUUUCAAACCACCACACUAACCGGUUCUUAUCUUAUCAUGUUUAUGAUGACAUUUGAUUCAGUCAUGGAACGACAAAGACAUAAUCAAAUUCUUAAUGAUUUUAAUACUGCCACCACUUUUUCUAAAUUCAUCACCUGUAGUCCGAAUGAACCUCAUGCUUCAAAGAUUUUUAGAAGACAGGGGGUGUUUAGAACCACCACCACCAUUGGAAAUAGUGCUGACACCGCCUGCCGUCGUGAGCCGCCACCGAUCACCACCGCCCGAGGUGGUAGUGGGUGGUGCCCAACCUAG